ACACAGAGUUGUAGCAGAGCUUCCCAUAUAUUAUCCACACGCAUAGAAAAUACUAAAAUCCGUCUCUUCUCUUUGUAUUUUUAGCUUCUUGAAAUUAUUAAGGAAACUGAUCUAAUCCCAGAAAAUAGCUGCUCCUUUUCCUGUUUUAUAAACUAGAUACAGACUAAUUCCAAUUGGGUUUUCUUUUUCUUUUUCUCUCUCACCUUAACGACCCUAAUUUGCACUCCGAGAUUUAUAGUUAUAUUGGUAUAUAUAUUCCAUCUCCUUUUUUGUGGAGUUCUUUUGCUAUGGCAAUGACAAAGACCUUGUCUAUGAUCUCACGAACUGGUAGAGAUUUGCAGAGAUAUAAUGAUGGCUGUCGUCAAGUUGUUGGAUGCAUUCCGUACAGAUACAGAAAAACCAACCAAUCAUCUACAGUUCAAGGGACCCAAAUUGAUGAUUUGGAAUUUUUAUUGAUCAGCUCACAGAAAAGUCCAAGAUGGAUGUUUCCUAAGGGUGGUUGGGAAACUGAUGAGGCAUUAGAAGAUGCAGCUUUAAGAGAGACUUUUGAGGAAUCUGGGGUUAUUGGUGAGGUUGAGGUUCAAGAAUUUUUAGGUACUUGGAGUUUCAAGAGCAAAAGCCAAGGCACAUUUCAUGAGGGACACAUGUUUCCUUUGCUUGUCACUGAUGAACUUGAUGAUUGGCCUGAGAAAACUGUCCGAAAACGCCUAUGGUUGAAAUUUAGUGAAGCAAGGGAAGUAUGUUGGCAUUCAUGGAUGAAGGAAGCUUUAGAUGUCUUUGCUUCUAAGCUUACAAAGAGAAACAAAGAAGAAGAAGAGCCUCAAACAUGCGCUUUCGAUGAAUUGUCCUAUGAACAGACAGUUGGUGCUGUAUCUGACCCAAUGUUUUGUGUAGAACCAAGAAUCAGCAUAGAAGCUAAUGAUUUGACCUGUGAAGAGCUAAGAAUUAGCCUUGUAGGUAAGCUAAAGUUCAAUCAAGAAUCAAGAACAAAGCCCUUGUUCGAUGAAAUUAGUAAUGUAGCAAACUCAAUGUUCAGUGAAGAAGCAACAAUGAGCACCAAAGCCAAGCAGAUGUUCAAUGAAGAAAUGGGAAAUGGUCAUGUAACUCCAAUGUUUGGUGAAGGUAAAAGAAUAAGCAUUGCUGCUUUCAGCUAGCGAACAAAUGAAGGAGAAACCUCAAGACUUUUAAGAACCAUGGACGCCUAUUCAGCAGAAUUCUCGACAAGGUGGGAGCCAAGAAUCAGCAUAAAAUAAAGGAGAAAGAAAGAGCCUUGGAACCUUGUUAAGAGAAAUUUUGGUGGCUUAGAGUGCAGGAAUUGGCGUUGUAGCGCACAAUCUGCAAAAGAAAGGAAGAAUAGCCUUUUGAUGCAGUUACAAGCAGCAGUAUUAUGGAACUGAUAUAUGCUAUGCUUGAUUGAGAGAAGACAACAUGAGAUCUUUCAGGAUAGAGAGAUUUAGAGGUUAAUUCCAAAAGUUUCUAACUUCAUUCUUUAAUUCUUUCAUACUCAUUCAUUCUUUGUUAGCUUUUUCUUACUUAAGUCGAAUAAAUGUACAUCAACAAUUGUUUGAUUGUGUGUAAAGAACACCAGAAUUGAAAGAAAGACUGUGUCUUUCGUUUGGCAUUAAAAAUUCUUCUCUAGUUUGUUGGCAUAACCCUGUUCAUUCAAUUAUUGAACUAUAUAAUAAUGGAUGUGAAGUUCUUGA